AUGAAACUCCUAAAACAAUAUGGCUUUAACAGUACCUUUUGCAACUGGAUUUUGUGCAUCCUGAAGUCAGCCUUUUUGUCAAUCUCUGUUAAUGGUUCUGCUAAGGGAUAUUUCAAUUGUACUAAUGGGGUGCGUCAAGGCGACCCGUUAUCCCCUUUGCUAUUCUGUUUAGCCGAAGAUGUCCUGAGUAGACACAUUUCCAAUCUUGUUCUUUCGGGCCAGCUGGAAACUAUCAAAGCGCCUAACAAUGUUAUAAACUGUGCUAAGUCAUCUAUUUUUGGUGGUGCGAUGUCGAGUUCUAGGAUGAGUAUUCUGAAGGAUUUCUCCGACUUCAUGGCUGGUCUAUUGCCGGUCACUUAUCUCAGUGUGCCUCUUUUCAAGGGUCGUCCUAAAGUUUUACAUCUCCAACCGAUUGCUGAUAAGAUCAUUAGUAAAUUAGCCUCCUGGAAAGGAGCACUUUUAUCUUUUGCAGGUCGUAUUGAGCUGGUCAAGUCGACUAUCCAAAGUAUGCUUACUCAUUCUAUGUCGGUCUACUCUUGGCCGACGUCGUUACUUAGGGAUCUUGAAGGAGCUUCUCGGAAUUUUAUUUGGAGUGGGGACACUGCUAAAAGGAAAAUAGUUACUGUGGAUUGGAAAAAUAUUUGCAAACCUAUUUCAAAAGGUGGAUUGGGUAUUCGAUCGUUUCUUGGUCUUAAUGAGGCUACCAAUCUUAGACUUUGCUGGGAUAUUUUCAACUCUAAGGAAGCUUGGACCUAUAUUCUCAAACAACGGAUUCUUAAGCAUAACCGGCUUCGUAAAUCUCACCUUUUUUCCUCUUUAUGGACUAGUGCCAAAUCGGAACACACCACUUUCAUAGACAAUUCUGUCUGGCAGCUUGGAAAUGGGGAAGAUAUCAGCUUUUGGUUUGAUCAUUGGUGUGGCAGCCCAUUGUUUCUGGAUUCUCCUUCUCCCAUGAACAGGCUAAUAAUGCUAAGAAAUUUGAUAAAAUUUGUCGUGAUCAUAAAAUCCUCAAAUUCAAAACUAUUAAAUGCAAUUGUUGCAAUAAAAACGACCAUAUAG